AUGGCCACCACCGAAACAAUCCUUCAAGGCGUCAACGUGCUGGGUUCCGUCUCGGAUGCCCAGCGCAAGAUCCUGACCCCCGAUGCUCUCGCCUUCCUCGCCCUGUUGCACCGCUCCUUCAAUGCCACUCGCAAGUCGUUGCUCGAGCGCCGCAAGCACCGUCAGGCCGAGCUGGACCGCGGUGCCCUUCCCGACUUCCUCCCCGAAACCAAGCACAUCAGAGAGAACUCCACAUGGAAGGGUGCUCCUCCCGCCCCGGGUCUGGUUGACCGCAGGGUUGAGAUCACAGGUCCUACUGACCGUAAGAUGGUCGUCAACGCCUUGAACUCGGAUGUCUGGACUUACAUGGCCGAUUUUGAGGACUCGAGUGCGCCGACGUGGGAGAAUAUGGUCAAUGGCCAGGUGAAUCUGUACGACGCCAACCGCCGCCAGGUCGACUUCAAGCAGGGCUCCAAAGAGUACAAGCUGCGCACCGACCGCACCCUUCCCACUCUCAUCGUCCGUCCUCGCGGCUGGCAUCUCGAGGAAAAGCAUGUCACCGUCGAUGGCGAGCCUAUCUCCGGAUCCCUCUUCGACUUCGGCCUCUACUUCUACCACAACGCCCACCAGACGCUGAAGAUUGGCAUUGGCCCGUACUUCUACCUCCCCAAGAUGGAGUCUCACCUUGAGGCACGUCUCUGGAACGAUGCCUUCAACCUCGCCCAGGACUACGUCGGUGUCUCUCGCGGCACCAUCCGCGGUACUGUCCUCAUCGAGACCAUCCUCGCAGCCUUCGAGAUGGACGAGAUCAUCUAUGAGCUGCGCGAUCACAGCUCGGGCCUCAACUGCGGUCGCUGGGAUUACAUCUUCAGCACUAUCAAGAAGUUCAGGAACAACUCGAACUUUGUUCUUCCCGAUCGCAGUGCCGUCACCAUGACCGUUCCCUUCAUGGACGCAUAUGUCAAGCUCCUCAUCCAGACGUGCCACAAGCGAGGCGUUCACGCCAUGGGCGGCAUGGCGGCCCAGAUUCCCAUCAAGGACGACAAGGCCGCCAACGACAAGGCCAUGGAGGGAGUGCGCGCCGACAAGCUGCGCGAAGCGCGUGCCGGCCACGAUGGAACCUGGGUCGCUCACCCUGCCCUCGCCGCCAUUGCCUCUGAGAUCUUCAACAAGCAAAUGCCCACGCCCAACCAGCUCUUUAUCCGCCGUGAGGACGUCAAGAUCGGCCAGAAUGACCUCCUGAACAUGAACGUCCCUGGCAAGAUCACCGAAGAAGGCAUCAAGAAGAACCUCAACAUCGGCCUCGGCUACAUGGAGGCCUGGAUCCGCGGCGUCGGCUGCGUUCCCAUCAACUACCUCAUGGAGGAUGCCGCCACUGCAGAGGUCUCCCGCUCCCAGCUCUGGCAAUGGGUCAAGCACGGCGUUUCCACGGACACUGGCAAGAAGGUCGACAAGGCUUACGCCCUCAAGCUCCUCAAGGAGUCCGCCGACGAGCUCGCCAGCAAGGCGCCCAAGGGUAACAAGUACCACCUCGCCGCCCAGUACUUCUCAGGUCAAGUCACUGGCGAGGACUAUGCCGACUUCCUCACCACGCUGCUGUACGACGAGAUCACGGCCGUGGGCAACGCCCGCCCCGCUUCCAAGUUGUAA